GUAUAGGCACCCACGUGGGCUGGGCCUUUAUUGGGUACGGAAGCUGCGGGGGUCCGAGCUUGGCGGAGGCGCCAUGGGGAAGCUGCGCCGGCGGUACAACGUCAGGGGGCGCCAGCAGGCAGGCCCCGGCCCUUCGAAGGGUCCCCCGGAGCCGCCCCCUGUGCGGCUGGAACUGGAGGAGAAAGGCACCUUGAAAGGAGUUGAUGCAAGCAAUGCACUCGUUCUGCCGGGGAAGAAGAAAAAGAAGCCCAAAGCCCCUCCCCUGUCAAAGAAGGAGAAGAAACCUCUGACCAAAAAAGAGAGGAAAGUGCUGCAGAAAAUCUUAGAACAGAAGGAGAAAAAGAGCCAGCGAGCAGAGAUGCUACAGAAAUUGAGUGAAGUCCAGGUUUCAGAAGCCGAGAUGAGACUCUUGUAUACCACGUCCAAGCUGGGCACUGGGGACCGCAUGUACCACACCAAAGAGAAGCCUGAUGAGGUUGCAGCCCAGGGCCCAGAAAGGUUCAGCAGCCUCAGUGGGGCCCAUCGGAAGCGUCAUCGCCAGCCUUCAGUAGAAGAUUCUGAAUCCUCAGGGGAGUCUGAGCCAGAUGAGGUCCCAGCCACUCAGCAGGCUGAGGCUGGUGCAGAGACAACAGCAGCACACUUGCCACCAGCUCCUCUGCAGGCUAGGGAUGAGAGCCCAGCACCCAGUGAUCAUCCUGCAUCAGCUGGGACUUCUGCGCCCGCUCCUCCAGCCACAGCCUCCACCCUGACCAGGCCCCUUGUGAAGCCUGCUGUGUUCAUCCCUGUGAAUCGUUCACCUGAAAUUCAGGAAGAACGGCUGAAGCUCCCAAUUCUCUCUGAAGAGCAAGUGAUUAUGGAGGCUGUGGCUGAGCACCCCGUUGUCAUCGUGUGUGGUGAGACUGGCAGUGGGAAGACCACGCAGGUGCCCCAAUUUCUCUAUGAGGCAGGCUACAGCAGUGACAACAGCAUCAUCGGCGUCACAGAGCCCCGCCGAGUGGCCGCAGUGGCCAUGUCCCAGCGAGUGGCCAAAGAGAUGAACCUGUCACAGCGGGUCGUCUCCUACCAGAUCCGGUAUGAAGGAAAUGUGACUGAAGACACCAGAAUCAAGUUCAUGACAGAUGGUGUGUUGCUCAAAGAAAUCCAGAAGGACUUCCUGCUGCUGAGGUACAAGGUGGUGAUCAUCGACGAAGCCCACGAGAGGAGCGUGUACACGGACAUCCUCAUUGGCCUCCUGUCCCGCAUUGUGUCCCUCCGGGCAAAGAGGCACCUACCACUGAAGCUGCUCAUCAUGUCGGCCACACUGCGGGUGGAGGACUUCACCCAGAACCAGCGGCUCUUUGCUCAGCCUCCACCAGUCAUCAAGGUUGAAUCCAGGCAGUUCCCGGUGACAGUACAUUUUAACAAAAGGACGCCACUGGAAGACUACAGUGGCGAGUGCUUCCGGAAGGUCUGUAAGAUCCACAGGAUGUUGCCUGCAGGUGGCAUCCUGGUGUUUCUGACAGGACAGGCUGAGGUGCAUGCACUGUGUCGCAGGCUUAGGAAGGCCUUCCCACCUUCUAGGGCCUGGCCACAAGAAAAAGAAGAUGAGAAAGACUCAGUAGAAGAAAUGCGGAAGUUUAAGAAGUCUCGGGCAAGGGCCAAGAAGGCGAGGGCUGAGGCAUUGCCCCAGAUCAACUUGGACCAUUACUCUGUGCUGCCAGCGGGCGAAGGUGAUGAGGACCGAGAGGCAGAAAUGGACGAUGAAGAAGGCACCUUGGGUUCUGACCUGGAUCUGGACCUGGGGGAUGACGGGGCAGACGGAGGUGAGCAGCCCAACACCUCUCUCCCCCUCCACGUGCUCCCGCUCUACUCCCUGCUGGCCCCUGAGAAGCAGGCACAGGUCUUCAAGCCUCCCCCAGAGGGGACACGGCUAUGUGUUAUAGCCACCAACGUGGCUGAAACAUCCCUGACCAUCCCCGGUAUCAAGUAUGUGGUAGACUGUGGGAAGGUCAAGAAGCGCUACUAUGACCGCGUCACUGGUGUGUCCUCCUUCCGUGUCACUUGGGUCUCCCAGGCAUCAGCUGACCAGCGGGCAGGUCGGGCAGGCCGGACAGAGCCCGGCCAUUGCUACAGGCUGUAUUCCUCUGCAGUGUUUGGUGACUUUGAGCAGUUUCCUCCUCCAGAAAUCACCCGGAGGCCUGUUGAGGACUUAAUCCUUCAAAUGAAAGCUCUCAACAUUGAGAAGGUCAUCAACUUCCCCUUCCCGACGCCUCCAUCUGUGGAAGCCCUCAUUGCUGCCGAGGAGCUGCUGAUCGCGCUGGGUGCCCUAGAGGCGCCCCAGGAAGCAGAGAGGGUGAAGCAGCUGCAGAGUCCUCGGCUGAGCUGCCCCAUCACUGCACUGGGCAGGACCAUGGCUGCCUUCCCUGUGGCACCCCGCUAUGCCAAGAUGUUGGCCCUGAGCCGGCAACAUGGCUGCUUGCCCUACGCCAUCAUCAUUGUGGCCGCCAUGACAGUCCGGGAGCUGUUUGAGGAACUAGACAGACCAGCUGCCAGUGAGGAGGAGCUCACCAAGCUGAAGAGCAAGCGGGCCCGGGUAGCCCAGAAGAAGAAGGCCUGGGCAGGGCAAGGGGCCUCUCUGAAGCUCGGUGACCUCAUGGUGCUGCUGGGUGCUGUGGGAGCCUGUGAGUACACUGGUUGCACACCCCAGUUCUGUGAAACCAAUGGGCUGCGGUUCAAGGCCAUGAUGGAGACACGACGGCUCCGGGGCCAGCUAACCACUGCAGUCAACUCCGUGUGCCCUGAAGCUGAGCUUUUCAUGGAUCCCAAGAUGCAGCCACCCACUGAGAGCCAGGUGACUUACCUGCGACAGAUCGUGACAGCUGGUCUGGGCGACCACCUGGCCCGCAGGGUCCAGAGCGAGGAGCUGCUGGACAACAAGUGGAGGAACGCCUACAAGACCCCUCUCCUGGAUGACCCUGUCUUCAUUCACCCUGCUUCCGUCCUCUUCAAAGAGCUUCCCGAGUUUGUGGUCUACCAGGAAAUCGUGGAAACCACUAAGAUGUACAUGAAAGGUGUCUGUGCCGUGGAGGUACAUUGGAUCCCUGCCCUGCUGCCUUCUUACUGCCACUUUGACAAGCCCCUGGAGGAGCCAGCUCCCACCUACUGCCCUGAGACAGGCCGAGUGCUGUGCCACCGGACCAGCACGUUCUAUCGGGUUGGCUGGCCAUUCCCUGCUGUCGAGGUGGAUUUUCCAAAAGGAAUUGACUGCUACAAGCACUUCGCCCGAUUUCUGCUGGAAGGGCAGGUCUUCCGUAAGCUGGCCUCACACCAAAGCUGCCUGCUGUCCAGCCCCAGCACGAUGCUGAAGACCUGGGCCAGGCUGCAGCCCCGGACGGAGAGCCUCCUGAGAGCCCUCGUGGCAGAGAAGGCAGACUGCCGUGACGCCCUGCUGGCUGCCUGGAAGAAAAACCCCAAAUACCUGCUGGCCGAGUACUGUGAGUGGCUUCCACAGGCCAUGCACCCCAGUGUUGAGAAAGCCUGGCCUCCCACCUGAACCCCUGACCGACACCUGGCCGCAGGGCUGAGGACUGGUUUGGGCUCCUGCCCUGGCCCCGUGCCUGCUCCCGGGAUGCAGGCCAAGCCCCUAGAGCUCUCUUGCAUCUCAAUCUGAUUCUGGACAAAGCUUGUUGCCACCUUGUGUCAUCUAACCAAAUGUGGCUUUUUUAUAACUAUUUAUUACAUGAUGGGUAAUGGUUUUAUCUCAUGUGCUUGACCCCUGCUUUACACAUGCCCUUUGGACUACAUUAUUCCCUCAAGGAGCAGCAGAGCUGGACGUCUGCAGGCCCACCCCUGUUUCCCUUCCAUAAGGCAAGAGUAUCCCCCCUGUGUUUCUUCCUUCCCUCAGCAGAGAGGCCUCUAGUGGUGCCUGGCCUCCCAGUUGUCCCAGACAUCAGUGAGCCUCAGAGUUCUGCUCCAACCGUAGAAAGCUGACCAGGGCCCUCCCAGCUCCACACCUUCCUGAAAAAUUGGCUGCCAGCACCUUUCCUGUGUCAUGGCUGCAAGGAAUGGGUAUCAUGCCCCAGGUGAUCUCUCGGACAGCAGAAAGAGGAGCUGACCUUGUCCAUCCAUGUCACCUCCCCAUGAUGCAGAGGGUGGGCCUGCCACCAGACCAGAGACACAUGAGUGUUCUGUCUGCCCUGAAUGGGGACCCCAGACCCCUCACUUUCCCUCCUUUCCAUGGCAGAGGUGGAGUCAACAAGGGCUGGGGUAGGUACCUGAGCAAGGAAGCAGAAUAGGGGAGCUCCAGGCAGGACCAAGGAGUCAGGAGGCCCCUGCCCCUCCAUCUUCCAUAGUGAGGGGCCUGGACAUCUCCCCAAGCCAAGCUGUGGUCAGGAUGGAUUCCACUCUGGCAUUCUUCUGCAGCUUCAGUGAAGACAACUAUAAAAUAAAAAUGUUCCCUGCAUCCACAUGAUUUUGUAGGGUGGACUCAGGGAAAGAUACCCCAGGUGAACAGUGUCCCAUGUCCUAGGUCUUGGCCUGGAAGCCUCACUUGCCUUCUCAACACUGAAGGAACCUCACCUGUGCAGGUUCCCUCUUCUACCUGUCCAAUGGGGGAAGUACCCCUGACCCUCCUUUCACAGCCUCCCUGUGCUCUGAGCCCAUCCUGCAGCUACAGAGGCAGGGCCCAAGAAGCCUGAAGAGAUAUUUUGCUUGACCUGCCAGUAACUGAGGAAAACUUUACCUGGCAAUCAUGUGGAACUGGGAUGUUACCCACUCAAGUCAUUCUGCUCUCCAGCUUUCCUAGAUCUCCCACUGCACAAGUGUGGGCAGUUCUGAGAAGAGAGAGGAAGCCAUUCUCUCCUCCCCUGCUGCCCAGGUGUCUAGUGACGUUCCUGCCCCCAUCCCAGUCUGAGGCCACAACAGAGGAUCUACAACUAUGACUAGGUGAUUUUUUUUAAAAAGAAUGGUUUUGCCAGACAGAGGCUCAUGCCUGU